AUGGCAAACGAGAAGCCAGGAACCAUGUUUGGCGAGAUGUCCGGAAUCCAUGAUGCUUGCUUCAUCAUUACCAUAUGCAUGGCUCAGAUUCUGGCGCUGGCAGGUCUGGGUCAAGGAUUCACACCGUUGUACAUUGUUGGAGACAGCUUCAGCGUAACAAACGAUGGCGAGCUCAGCUGGUAUCUGGCAGCAUUCAGUCUGACUGUAGGGACGUUCAUUCUACCAUCCGAUCGGCUAGGAGACAUGUAUGGCCAUAAAAAGAUCUUCCUUGUUGGCACGAUUUGGUAUGGAAUUUGGUCUGUGAUCGCUGGGUUUUCCGUGUACUCCGGAACCAGUCGAUUUUCUGUAUGUCGCGGCUUACAAGGAAUUGGACCAGCCCUGAUGGUGCCAAACGCACUUGCGAUUGCUGGUAGAAGUUUCGAAGGAAAGAAGAAGAACUAUGUGUUCGCGUGCUUUGGAGCAUCAGCACCAGGAGGUUCUGUCCUGGGCGGAGUCUUCGCAGCGAUAUUCUCGGAACUGGUCUGGCGGCCUUGGACAUACUGGACAAUUUCGAUGAUUCUUCCUCCCGACGAGCAUGAAGCGAAGAACGACGGCAAAACACCAACCUUCGACUUUGCAGGAACAAUAACGGGCGUUACCGGCCUGGUCUUGUUCAAUUUCGCUUGGAAUCAGGCUGGUGUAGUUGGAUGGACAGUUCCAUAUACCUUCAUCCUUCUCAUUGUGGGUAUACUCUUCUUUGGAGCUUUCGUGUACGUCGAAGUCCACAUCGCCGAGUAUCCCCUGGUGCCCAUCAAAAUGCUCUCUAAGGAAGCCAUGUUUGCCCUUUCGAUACUUGCAUGCGGUUGGGCCUCAUUCGGAAUCUGGGUGUACUAUCUCUGGCAGCUUGUGGAGAAUCUGCGGCAUCACAGCGUCUUGUCCUCUGCAGCACAACAGAGUCCCGUCGCUAUCAGCGGUCUCAUUGCCUCUCUGGCAGUCGCCAUGGCAUGUUUCCUCACUGGGCAGAUCCUCAUUGCCACAACUCUAGUCUCACAAACGUAUUGGGCGCAAACGUUCGUUUCAGUGGUGAUAAUGCUAUGGGGUAUGGACAUGAGCUUUCCCGCAGGUACCAUCAUCCUAAGCAACGGCAUGCCUCGAGAGCAUCAAGGUAUUGCUGCCUCCCUCGUCAACACCGUGGUCAAUUACUCCAUAUCUUUAUCCCUUGGUAUAGCUGGAACGAUUAUUCGGCAGACGAACGAAGGAGGAGGAAACUCGCUUGGAAGCUAUCGCAAUGCUUGGUACUUUGCGAUCGGGCUCGAUAGUCUAGGAAUGGUGAUCGCGCUGUGGUUCUUUUGGGUAUCUGUGGUGCAGGGAAAGACGGUUAGUUAG